GAGUGGGAUCCUUGGAGGGUGGCAGAGCCAGAGCCUGAAUACUUGGCCAAGAGCAGGGUCGUGACAGCGAGCAAAGUGCUGCUCGAGUCGGCAUUUGGUUGGCAGUGGUACUUGGGUGACCGAGUGACACGCCAGUCACUUGGCUAUGCAGGGUUCCAGGUGCCUGGACCGCUUCCACCACGGGCUUCACACACAGGGGAGUACGCGCUGGCCGAGCUAGAGAUCUUCACACGGCCUGACACCGACUUGACACGUUACUUGCGUCCUGGCAUGGACUAUGCGGUUUACCAGAGAGAGCGCUUGGCGGGGCCGCUGAGAGUGCGAGAGUUCAGGGAGGUCCGGAGUCAGGCUCGUGGACCCGCUGAGGAGAGGAAAGCCAUUACCGUGAGGCAGAGUAGUGGCGAGAGUCGUGUGAGACGGGGUCCGAGUGGACCUGUGAGAGGUGGGCCACCAGAGUUGACGUGGCAGAUAGCAGUGGUGGGCUCUCAGGGCAAUCCAGCUGAGCUACACCUAGCCCCUGCCAGAGUUGAGCCAGCGCCCGUUACUGUGUCGGUGCCCAAUGAGUGGGUGAACGAGGCUGUUCGGCGUAUGCUUGCACUAGAGAACAUGAUAAGGCGAGCGGCAAGUGACUUGCCUUUAGACUUGCGCUACCCACCACCGGCGGUUCAGAGACCUCAGGUAUAACCUUCAAAACAAACGAUACAUUCCUGCAUUCGAUACUUGACAUAUGCAUGCUUUGCUCGAUACAUAGUAUUCCUUAAUUGCCAUUGACUUCAAAAUUGAUCUUACCUGCUUACAAACAUGCAAUACAUAGAAUGUAUACUAAAUGUGCAAAAAUUUAUAAUGCAGACACAGGGACGGGUGGCUCCUAGGAGGAAAAGCGCAAAAGAGCCUCCACAAAAGAAGCUAGCAACUAAGACUCCUGUUCCUCCACCUACUACUAGACCACAGACGCGGGGCAUACAGCCACCUGUUGCGAGUGAGGAGGCGGCCCGAGAGGCCGUGGCGCGCGCUGAGGAGAGGUAUCAACUAAAAAUGCGCCAACGGCCUUCGC